AUGCCUAAUGUAUCUAUUGAGUAUUUGAUUAUGACAUCCAAACAAAUCCAGGACGAGACAGAAUUUAGUUAUGAUCCAAAUGGUGUGAAGGGACCUGCCCAGUGGGGAAGGAUUCACCCUAAAUGGGGUGCAUGUAGCCAAGGAUAAAUGCAGUCUCCUAUUGACCUGAUGAACAACAGCGUUGACGUAGCGUCCCAUUUGAGGAGAAUCCAAAGAAGUUACAAGCCUGCAAAUCCUUCUCUCAGGAACAGAGGCCAUGAUAUGACGCUGAAAUGGGAGGGUGGUGCAGGAAGCAUUGAAAUAAAUGGAACCGAAUAUGUAUUCCAGCAGUGCCACUGGCAUUCACCUUCUGAACAUACAAUCAAUGGCAAGAGGCUACCUUUAGAGGCACACAUGGUUCAUGCAAACCUGGAUGGAAAGGUUGCAGUUGUUGGUAUUAUGUACAUGAUAGGAGGACCAGACUCUUUCCUGUCAUCACUGACAGAACCGUUAAAAUCGGUUUCCGGCACCAAUGAACAAGAUACAGCGGCGAGUGUAGUUGAUCCAAGGAGCAUAAAGAUUGGCAGCAUAUAUUAUUAUAGCUACAUCGACUCCCAAACAACUCCUCCUUGCACUGAAAAUGUUCCGGGGACCAUUGUUGGAAAGGUGAGCACAGCCACAAGAGAACAAGUGAGAUUGCUGCGUAUAGCUGCUGUUCAUGAUGACUCAGACACCAUUAAUGCAAGGCCAACACAGCCAAUUAAUAAUCGAUCGGUGAAAAUUCUUAUACCAGAAGUCAAAGAUGACUAG